AUGUUGCAGGCUAUCAAAUAUAAUCAGGGUCACCUGGAGAUCUUGGAUCAACUGCAAUUGCCAUUUGUGGAGAAGUAUAUUCUCAUUCAGACCGCAGAAGAUGGAUGGCACGCCAUUAAGGACAUGAAAGUACGCGGUGCUCCUGCCAUUGCCAUUGUUGCAAUGCUAGCGCUCGCCUCGGAACUACAUUCACUCCAGUCUGCAGGCCAGCUUCCAGAAGCACUUACAGAGACAAGAGAGCUAAUUUUGAAAAAACUCGACUACUUGGUGACUAGCAGACCCACUGCUGUCAACCUGAGUGAUGCAGCUCGCAAGCUAGAAGCUUUGCUGACAUCUCAGGCUGCGCUUCCAGGGGUUACCAGUCAGAAUCUGGUGACAACAUUCAUCGACGCCGCGGAGAACAUGCUAGGCAAGGAUCUGGAGGAUAACCAGCGCAUUGGACACAAUGGGGCUGAAUGGAUCUUGGCCCAUGCCACUCAAUCUGGAGCCCCAAAUGUAUCUGUCUUGACGCAUUGCAACACCGGUUCUCUCGCAACUUCGGGCUACGGUACAGCGUUAGGGGUAAUUCGCUCCUUGGAAUCUAAAAAGGUUCUACGGCAUGCGUAUUGCACAGAAACGAGACCCUACAACCAAGGUUCUCGCCUGACGGCCUUUGAGCUUGUUCAUGAUAAUAUUCCUGCCACACUGAUCACAGAUUCAAUGGCGGCAGCGUUACUUGCAGAUCCUAGCGUGGGUGUGAAUGCUAUCGUUGUGGGAGCAGACAGAGUAGCAGCAAAUGGAGAUACAGCAAACAAGAUUGGCACAUACGGUCUUGCUGUCCUAGCAAGGCAUCAUGGUGUCAAAUUUCUUGUGGCUGCACCGCUUACCACGAUCGACUUGGCUACCAAAUCAGGAAGCGAUAUUGUCAUUGAGCAACGCUCGGCAUCUGAAGUAACCCAGAUCAAGGGACCACGAGAAGGGGUUGAUUCGGGUAGCGUGACGCUGGAAACCAUUCGCAUUGCUGCGCCGGGUAUCAAUGUUUGGAACCCCGCAUUCGACAUCACUCCCGCAGCUCUGAUAGAUGGAAUCAUUACUGAGGUCGGCGUGGUGGAGAAGGAUGCUACUGGCCAGUUCCAUAUGACCGUUCUAUUUAAUGACUUGACUCCCCGAGCUUAG